CCGGCGCGGGCGAGGCGGGCCGGGCGGCGCCGCCAUUUUGUGAGUCUAUAACACGGAGCGGUCUCGCUCGUCCCGCUAUUGCGGCGCCUCCACUCCGCUCCCGGGUCGUCUCCGUGUGCAAUGGACGGCAUUGUCCAAGAUAUAACAGUUGGUACAAAGCGGGCAGCUGAGGAGCUUUUCUCUCCUUGUGUUACUACUAACGGACCCUUUAUCAUGAGCAGCAACUCUCCUUCUGCAGCUAAUGGGAACGACAGCAAAAAGUUCAAAGGUGAUAACAGAAGCGCCGGGAUCCCAUCCCGAGUAAUCCACGUCCGCAAGCUCCCCAGUGACGUCACGGAGGCAGAGGUUAUUUCUUUGGGCUUACCCUUUGGCAAGGUCACCAAUCUUCUGAUGUUGAAAGGAAAAAACCAGGCUUUCAUAGAGAUGAACACGGAGGAGACAGCCAACACCAUGGUGAACUACUACACCACAGUCACUCCGGUGCUCCGGAGCCAGCCCAUCUAUAUCCAGUUCUCCAACCACAAGGAGCUGAAGACAGACAACUCUCCAAACCAAGCAGUCAGUUUGUUCUCUGCAUUGUCAUCCCAGGGAGGGGGGACACGCAGCCAGCGUGCCCAAGCAGCUCUGCAAGCCGUGACCCAGGUGCAGGCCGGGGCCGUGGCGCUGGCCGCCACAGCCGCGGCUGUCGAUGCAGGGAUGGCGAUGGCUGGCCAGAGCCCUGUCCUGAGAAUCAUUGUGGAGAAUCUCUUCUACCCUGUCACUCUAGAUGUUCUGCACCAGAUCUUUUCCAAAUUUGGUACAGUUUUGAAAAUCAUCACAUUCACGAAGAACCACCAGUUUCAGGCCUUGUUGCAAUAUGCUGACCCCAUGAGUUCUCAGCAUGCCAAGCUGUCUCUGGAUGGACAGAACAUCUACAACGCCUGCUGCACACUGCGCAUUGACUUCUCCAAGCUCACAAGUCUCAAUGUAAAGUACAACAAUGACAAGAGCAGAGACUACACUCGCCCAGAUCUGCCCUCUGGGGACAACCAGCCCACCCUGGACCAGACCAUGGCAGCUGCUUUUGGUGAGCGUUCAGGAAGUGGGAUCAGGACAAAGCCAACUGGUGCCCCAGGAAUAAUCUCUCCUCCAUAUGCUGGAGCUGGCUUUCCUCCUACUUUUGCCAUUCCUCAGGCUACAGGCCUGACAGUUCCAAGUGUUCCUGGAGCACUAGCUCCUUUGGCUAUUCCAGCAGCAGCUGCGGCGGCUGCAGCAGGACGGAUUGCCAUUCCCGGCCUGUCUGGGACAGGGCACUCCGUGCUGCUGGUUAGCAAUCUGAUCCCAGAGAGAGUUACACCCCAAUGCCUCUUUAUUCUUUUCGGAGUCUAUGGUGAUGUGCAGAGGGUGAAGAUUUUAUUUAAUAAGAAAGAUAAUGCCCUGGUUCAGAUGGCUGAUGGAAAUCAGGCCCAGCUUGCCAUGAGCCACUUGAAUGGGCAGAAGCUCCACGGGAAGCCCAUCCGUAUCACACUGUCCAAGCACCAGACAGUGCAGCUGCCCCGUGAGAACCAGGAGGAUCACGGCCUGACCAAGGACUUUGGGACUUCUCCUCUACAUCGUUUCAAGAAACCAGGCUCCAAAAAUUUCCAAAACAUCUUUCCCCCUUCUGCCACUCUUCAUCUGUCCAAUAUUCCACCUUCAGUAACUGAAGAAGACCUUAAGUUGUUAUUUUCAAGCAAUGGUGGGAUGGUCAAAGGAUUCAAAUUCUUCCAGAAGGACCGUAAAAUGGCUCUGAUCCAGAUGGGCUCUGUGGAAGAAGCCAUUCAGUCCCUCAUUGACCUCCACAAUCAUGACCUGGGGGAGAACCAUCACCUGCGCGUGUCCUUCUCCAAGUCCACCAUUUAGAGCUUGGGAAGGCCUGAGUAAAAAUGGACUUGACUUAAAACCUCUGGGGUUCAGCCUUGACCUUAGAAGGCUGGACACCAGGGUUUCAACUUCCAUCAUUCCAGAAAAAAAAAAAAAAAGCCACUUUAAAAAUGCAGCUGAAGUGACCUUAAAAGACCAGAGAUUUUAUUUUUUUAAAGAGAAAUCAGUUUACCGGUUUUUAAAAAAAAAAAAGAAAAUUAAUUCCUCUUGCUAACCUUGCGGUGAUGGGUAACAAUCUUGACUGUUCCAAUAAAAAUCACAAGUUCAAGUUUACACUGUGGAACCUGCUCUGGGAAAUUCCCCUCCCCUCCUGCUCCUCCUCCCCCAAAAAGCAGAUCCCAACAAGUUUUAUCAGGUUUCACAUUGAUGCCUUUUUUAAUUUCCAUACCCAUCCAUGCCUUGAAAGACCUAAAACCACUGUGUGAAUUCACUGUAGCGCCUUGGAGUCAGGAUUGUGGUGACCAGGAGCUCCCAACCUGCCCAGCACAACACUCAGUUGCGUUGAUCCCACCUUACCUGUGCACCUGCUGUCCUGUGCCUUAAACCUUCUACUUCUUUGGGGAAAACAUCUGAGCUGCAGGGAGGGGAUGGGCAGAGCUGAGGGGGGGAGCGGCUCUGGCUGACGAUCAGCUGGGGGAGCUGGCAAAAUGAAUACAGGAGAUUUUGGGCUGUGACUCGGGGCAGUCGUUCCCCGCUGCCCCGUGUGUGUCUCCAUCUCCACGUGUGCCCAGUGCCACUUCCCCGUCUGCUCGUGGGUCAUUGCCACCUGCAAACUCAGGUGGGAGUUACCUGAGAGCCUUUGUGGCUGAGCAAAGGUCUGGGUGGGGGAGCAUUCCCAAGGCCAAAUCACAUUCCAGUGUCAGGAGCGAGCCCGCAGGCUCUGCCCUCACAGAGCAUUGGCGAGGGACAAAAGAGCCGCUGUGGGACACUUGUGAAGAUGAAUCAGAGUUUGUCAAAAUUGUGUGUGUAUAUACCUAAAUGCUUGGCUAGGAUUUGGAGAAUCCUUGGAUACCCCACAAUUAGAAAGGUACCUGCAAGAGGUACCUUUGUGCCCCUAAUUGGAGAUUAACGAGGCUGCUGUAGCUCCGCCAUCGUUCUUAGAGCAUGUCUUCAGCAUUUGAGCUUUUGUUUGAAUCCUUGUAUUAUACUUUGAUGCCGUUGCUGUCCUCUGUGCCUAGCAAUAUUUCCAGUUGACCAAAUAUUCUAAUCUCUUUAUAUGCAAAAGAAAUAGUUUUAAGUACCUUUUAUAGAAUGAUAAGAUGGUAUAAACGUAAUCUAAAUUUACUCCUUUGUGGUAUUACCCGUGUAUACUGUACUUUAUUUUCUUUGUUUUGUAAUUGAAGCUGUAGGGCAGGAGUAGUUUCCAGGCUGAGGUCGUGGCUGAGGAUGAGCAGAGCCGAGGGUGUGAGAGAAUGAGCACAAACAGCUCGGGAAUGGAAGGAAAAGGACCCAGGCUAAAGAUUUUUUUUUUACCUUUUGAACCUAUAAGCCCAGAUGUUGUUCUAGGAAGGGAAUUUAUUAAAAGUAGAAUGCAGCAGAUCAGUUUUUCCCAAUGAUACAACCGUUUUUAUUUUUUUUUUUUUCUGGCUUACAACUCUUUCCCGGGCCAUUCUGCCUUCUAUUCCGUGUGAUCCGAUGUUGCCUUACAUUUCCCUCUAACCUGCAACCUGUUCGGAUGCAAAAUAACAAGAAUCUUGUACUUUUUUUCAGGGUUUUUCUGCAAAUUGUGGACCAAAGUUUGUUUUUUAAUUGUCUUAGUGUUGCAAGUUCUGAUUUCCUUGCUUGGUGUGGGAGCUCUUGACUUGCCUAGCACUGAGUGUUUGAAAAAGUCUUAACUUUCUGUAGUUCCUCCCUGGACUCUCAAGGUUAUGAGUUAUGCUGGAGAAGCGUGUGAGAUCCGAGUGGGGGUCUCGCUGGGGCUGUGGCGAGCUGGGUACCCCUGAGGAGGGCAAGACAGCAUCACCCCAGCUGCUUUUGGGUACCUCUAAAUCUGGGUGAGCUGUGCUGGAGCCAGGGAUCUGCCCCUGCAAAGCUCCCCGAGGCCCUGCCAGCAUCCUGCAGGGGAGGGCACAGCUGAGGAGGGGCAUUGUUGGCUCAUGCCCUCCCUACUGAAACACCUGCUCCUCCCACAGGGCACCCAGCCCAGCAGCACUGGGGUAACUGCUCAGUGCCCCCCAUCACCCUCCCCAGUGCAGGGGAGGCUCCCGGGGCCGGGCCCUGGCCGGGAUGCUCCGGGUGUCCCGUGCAAAUUGCAGAUGGAUUUGGGGUAACCAGGCGCCCCCAGCACAGCGGGUGCUCCCUUCGGAUCCUGUGUUUGCAUGUAAAGAAUGUGAGUAACUAAGGGUGUACAUAUUUAUAAUUUUUUUAUACCUGUUGUAAGACAUGAGGGGCAGCAAAACCCAGUUUUUUAUGGUGACCAGAUGUAUUGUAUAUUUUGAUAACAGCAAUUCCAGGUUCAGUAUUGUGGAAGGUGGGUGGGGAGGGGAAGCGUACACACCAUCAGAAUUCCAUUGCCUCUUUCAAAGAAUGUUUGUAAUGCAAAAAGAAAUUAAAACUAUUUUAUAACAACCUUUGUACCUUUCUGUAGCUCCAUUAUUUCUGUUGAGAUUGUAGAAGCAGUUGGUGCCCAGUCUGUACUUGUGCUUUCAAUAAAUUCUUCUGUAUCCUUCA